AUGUUGAGAGGCUUCAGAAGCGUGCGUCAGUUUUCGUCGUCAGCAAUGGCGUUGAACAAGAUUAAGGUGAAGAACCCUGUGGUGGAAUUGGAUGGUGAUGAAAUGACCAGAAUCAUCUGGGCCAGAAUCAAAGAUAAGUUGAUCAACCCAUACUUGGACGUUGACUUGAAAUACUAUGACUUGGGUAUCGAGGCAAGAGAUAAGACCGAUGACCAGAUCACUGUUGAUGCUGCCAAUGCUAUUAAGGAACACGGCGUGGGUAUUAAAUGUGCUACCAUUACCCCAGACGAAGCUCGUGUUGCGGAAUUCAAGUUGAAAAAAAUGUGGUUGUCUCCAAACGGUACUAUUAGAAAUAUUUUGGGUGGUACUGUCUUUAGAGAGUCGAUUAUCAUUCCAAGAAUUCCUCGUCUUGUGCCUGGUUGGGAGAAGCCAAUUGUGAUUGGAAGACAUGCCCAUGGUGACCAAUAUAAGGCUACCGACUUGGUGAUCGAGGAACCAGGUAAGUUGGACCUUGUUUUCACUCCUCUGAACGGCGGUGAAAAAAUCACAAAGACCGUCUAUGACUAUAAGGACAGAGGUGUCGGUUUGGCCAUGUACAACACCGACGAGUCCAUCAGAGGAUUUGCCCACUCUUCUUUCAAGAUGGCCUUGUCCCAGGGAUUGCCUUUAUACUUAUCUACCAAGAACACUAUCUUGAAGAAGUAUGACGGUCGUUUUAAGGACAUUUUCCAGGAAAUUUAUGAUGCUGAUUACGCCAAGGAGUUCGAGGCCAAGGGCGUAUGGUACGAACACAGAUUAAUCGAUGACAUGGUUGCACAGAUGAUCAAGUCAAAGGGAGGAUUCGUUAUGGCAUUGAAAAACUAUGAUGGUGACGUGCAAUCGGAUAUUGUCGCUCAGGGUUUCGGUAGUUUGGGACUCAUGACUUCGGCUUUAAUGACUCCAGAUGGAAAGUCAUAUGAAAGUGAAGCCGCCCACGGUACUGUUACCAGACACUUUAGACAACACCAACAAGGUAAAGAGACUUCUACGAACUCUAUUGCCUCUAUUUUCGCCUGGACCAGAGGUCUUGCCCAAAGAGGUACAUUGGAUAACACCCCGGAGGUUGUUGAAUUUGCCCAAAAAUUGGAGAAUGCUACGGUGGGCGUUGUUCAGGAGGAUGGCAUUAUGACCAAGGACUUGGCUUUAGCAUGUGGAAGAACCGACAGGGAAUCAUACGUGACUACGACCGAGUUCUUAGAUGCCGUGGGAGACAAGUUGAAGUACUAG